GCCUUGCCUCGCCCGCGCCUUUUUCCCCCCUGCGCCGAGGCUCCGCUUCAGCAUUCGGGCACCGCAGGUAGGGCAGGAGGCUGGAGCGCCUGCUGCCCGCCGCCCGUAAAAUGGUCACCUCGGCUGGACAGCUCGCCCUGUUCGCGCUGGGUCUUUUAUUGGCUGUGUGCCAGGCCCUGGAGAACACCACAUCCGCCCUGAGUGCAGACCCACCCGUGGCUGCAGCUGUGGUGUCCUAUUUUAAUGACUGCCCGGAUUCCCACAGUCAGUUUUGCUUCCAUGGAACCUGCAGGUUUUUGGUGCAGGAGGACAAGCCAGCAUGUGUCUGCCAUUCUGGGUAUGUUGGAGCACGCUGUGAGCACGCGGACCUCCUGGCUGUGGUGGCCUCCAGCCAGAAGAAGCAGGCCAUCACCGCCUUGGUGGUGGUCUCCGUCGUGGCCGUAGCUGGUCUCAUCAUCACGUGUGUGCUGAUACACUGCUGCCAGGUCCGAAAACACUGUGAGUGGUGCCGAGCCCUCAUCUGCCGGCAUGAGAAGCCCAGUGCCCUACUGAAAGGAAGGACUGCUUGCUGCCACUCAGAAACAGUCUGAAGAGCCCAGAGGAGUUCAGCCAGGCAGACUGCGGCAGUCCUGAUGAAGAAAGGACCUCAGGAUGGCCCAGCGAGGGAUGCCCGGGACGUGCCGGCAGACCUUCCUACUCUGCCUGCACUCACCUGUGCAGCCUUUUUGUCUUUUGUGGGCCUUCCUUCAAAACUCUGUCAAGAACUCUGUCUGCUUGGGGUUAUUCGGUGUGACCUAGAAAAGAAACCAGUGGACCACAAUUUAAAAACUGGUCAAAAAAGAACUGCAAAGGGGUGGACUUCCUGUUUACCUAGAUAAGCUGUGUGCGUUAGUUGGCAUCUGAGUCCAGUGUGUGUAGCUGUCUUCUGCCAUUCAUGGAUGCCAGGCUGUGUUUCUUUUUAAUGGGCCCAUUUCUCCACAACAGUAUGCAUCCUUCCCAACUGGAGAUUCCUAUAGUUGUUACAGUUUUUUCUCAUCCACUUAUUGGGGAAGACGGUGGAGAAAGGGUCACUGCUUAUUGUUAUGUGAAGACGCCAAGUUUUAAGAGGAGCUGUGUCUUUCUUCUGUCCGUGAGACCUUCAACCAGCAGUCACCUUCCACAGACACAUGAAGUUGAGGACCUGCCAAUUGUCACUACCCUUGGACAUAAUUUCUUAUUUAUUAGAUGGAUGAUGGUUUUAUUUUUAACCUAAGUCAAUGUAUAAAGUAUAAAACUAUUUCAGACUUCUACAUUAAUGAUUGAUGUAUUGCUGGCUGCAAAGUUAUUCUGAUUUAAAAGGUCUGGCCUCUUUGGGACAGGUAAGGCUCAGGAAAAGCCACCCAGGAGGUACAGAGAUGGAAGCAGAGGAUGAGUUGCUGAUGGGAGCAAGGAUUGGGUUUCAGAGGUUGUGCCAUUUAAAACGCAAAACAGGUCAAUGCCUCCACAUACAUUCAGAUGGAAAAGUUAGCCGAUCCAGCAGCAUAGAUUUGUCACUUCUGUCAGAAGAGAGAGAAAGGGAGUGC